AUGGAAGUGGGUGAGUCGGAGGUCAUAAAAGUAGGCUUGAAUCACUCUGUGGAAUAUUAUACAGAAUUUCAUUUAACCCAAUGGGAUAGAAAUGGUAGUGAAAUUUCAUUGGAGGAUUCAAACCAUGCCGUUAUUGAUUUCAUCUCCGACUUCAGUUUAGAAGGCGAGAAUACAGAGGCUGCUUUUGUCACUAUAUGGGCCAAGUCAAGUGGUAAAGUUUAUUUGAAAAUAAAGACGAAGGAUAAUUUAAAUAUUGUUAAUGUGAAUACAACUCAAUGUGAAGUCAUUGUUGUACGCAAUCGUUGGGUAUAUAUGCUACAAAUUAUAAGCGGAUGGUUAUAUUUUGGUGCAUGGACAGUUUCAUUUUAUCCACAAUUUUUAUUGAAUUGGAAACGUAAAAGUGUGGUUGGAUUUAAUUUUGACUUCGCCGUGUUGAAUGUUAUUGGAUUCCUCUACUAUAGUAUUUAUAAUAUUGGAUUAUUUUGGAUUCCAUUGAUACAAAAACAAUACUUUGGAAAAUAUCCUUUUUCUUCUCUCCCGGUAUUACUGAACGAUAUCGUAUUCUCAUUUCAUGCAUUGGUUAUAUCAUCAAUGACAGCAAUUCAAAUUUUAUUUUUUGAGCGCGGUGGCCAACGUGUCUCAAACAUGUGCAAAGGUCUGAUUGUACUGAUUGGUAUCUAUACAAUAACUGUUUGUAUAUUAGGCGGAGUUAAAUUUGUCCUAUGGUUGGAAGUGUUUUAUUUACUAUCUCAUGUGAAAUUAUUCAUAUCAUUUGUUAAAUAUACCCCUCAGGCAUUUAUGAAUUUCCGUCGGAAAAGUACAGUCGGCUGGAGCAUAGGCAAUAUCAUAUUAGAUUUCAGUGGUGGAGUGUUUAGCAUUGCUCAAAUGCUACUCAUUGCUUAUAAUGAAAAAAGUAUUGGCGGUAUCAUUGGAUCACCGGUGAAACUUGGCCUUGGUAUCCUGUCUAUCGCAUUUGAUAUUCUGUUUAUGAUUCAACACUGGUGUUUAUAUCGUUCAUCGUCAAGUGAUAAAUUGUAA